UGCAGGGGCAGGAAAGAUCAGCUCCAGGUCACACAGGAAGCCUCUGCCUCCCACGCAACCUUCCUUCCCGGUAGCCAAGUGCAGGGAACUGCUUCCUGCCCCAGAACCUGAGGGUGGGGUUAGGAACGUGGGCCACAAUAAGCAGGGGCGUCAGGAGGUCGCCCUGUGAGAGCACCUGGGCCAGCCCUCAGCCCCAUAGGGCUGCUCAGAGGCCAGCACCACCCCCAUCCCCUCACAGCAAGCAGUGUGGGACCCCGACUCCAGACCCUGAAACGGAUGAUCCGUCUUCAGCAAGGUCACCACAGUUGGCCUUUGGAAGGAAAAGCAGUAAGCCACCUGAGCCCCGCAUGUUGGCCACACUCAGAGUAUCGAGUGAGCAUCACUCGACACCUGCAAGAAGGGUGCACAGGGUGUUCAGCAAGCUGUCACUUAGAACGACAUUCCCUCCAGAACGUCACACAGCCACCAGAGACAACUGCAGAUGGCCACCCUUCUACAGGCUGUGUGUGUGUUAACUCACUCCACCCUCACAGCAGCCCAACAGGGCAGCACAGCCAGCGUCCCACUUUGCAGACAAGCAACAGACACAGAGAUCGCUUGUCCGUCAUGUCCUGCUCAUCAAUGGCAGGGCAGAGACUCAAAGCCAGUACGCUGGCUCUGACAUUUUCACUCUUCAACACAUGCUCCAAGCUAUGUGGGUCUAUCCAUACUGACCAGCGACAGCUCAACACACACCACACUGUAAAGCUGUACACGUGCUCACGUGUGUGACGCAGGCAGGGAGAGAGGUGAAGGACAGCCACCACAAAGCUCACAACUGUCUCCUAUACAGAGCAGAAUGUGAAACACUCUCUCCCCUUCCAUCUUUGGACUUUCAUACAUGGUUUGGAUUGUUUUGGAUUGCAUAGCUCUCACUUUCACAAAAAUAAACAGUUGUAAAAAAAAA